AUGAGAAAAUCUGGGGCAUUUUAAGAUAUAACUUAGCUAUAAAUACAAAUGGGUUUGUUAUAAUAAGAAGUUAAUAAAUUGACACUUGAAAAUAAUGGUCUAAAAUAAUAAUUGAUUUCUUUAUAAAAAUAACUCUCCUUAACUAAAUAAUCAGAAGAUGUAUUGUAAUAGAAAAUUAUAGAAUAUGAAAAAUUAUUAUAAGAGCAAAAUCUUUAAUAUCAAUAAACACUUGUUUAAGUCUCUGAGAUUCCAAAUCAAUUACAAUAAUAAGUGUAAUCAUUAUUAGAGGAGAAAGAUAAAUUGUUAAGUGAGUUUAAGGAAUAAACAUGGAUUUAUAAAAAGACUAUUAAUAAUUAUGAAUCCUUAACAGCUUAAGUGUAGAUAUUAUUUUCAGACAAAAAAUAAAAAUCACCAGUUAUUCUAGGACUUAUGGAACAAUUAAUGUCACAAUAAUAUAAAAUUAAAAAUUGGAAAUAAAAUCCAUAAAUUCAAUAUGAAAUAUAAGAGUUUGAAAUACUUGAAAUAAAAAUUGGAAAACAUAUGAAUAAGAUAUUAGAUAAAAAAUUGUACUUUUUAGCACAUGAAGGAUUAUAGGUUGAUAGCAUAGGAAAAAUUUAAGCUUAAAUCUCACUCCAACCAAAUGUUGAAGGUGAUCUUCAAGUUGGAUAUAUUAUAGAAAUAUUGAAUGCUGAUGAUCAAUCUUUGAAAUCCAAAUUUUUACUUAGGAGAGAACCUAAAUAAUAAAAAUUAUCUUAAGGAUAUCAAAAAAAGUAAGAAGCAAUUUAAUAAUCUAUGAAUAAUAUGCUUUGUUAAGCUUUGUUUGAUAGAUUCAGAAAAAGGUAAUCAGGUUAUGAAGAAUUCGAUGUAUAUGGAAUAUAAAGACAAUUUAUUUUGAAGCCUUCAAGUAAUAUUUGUUGAAUAUUAGAUUUAAAACUAUUUUAUUAUUGUGAAAUGAUUGAAGAAGGAGAAUUCUAAAAAUUUAAUGGAGGAAAUAUUCAACCUUUAAUUAAUUCUGAUUUAGAAGAUUUUAUUAAUUUUUACACAUUUGAUUCUUUUUAAGACAUCAAAGAAGAAUUAGUAGUAAGUCACAUGUAAAGAUUUGGAGUUUAUUUUCAUGAUAUGAUAGUUUCUACAUUAAUAGGAGUAUACUCUUAUUAUGAUUAAGGUAAAUAAGAGGUUACAUAAACAAUAAAGAAUUUAGAAAGGGCCCUUGGAUAUACAUCACAAACUAUUAAAUGAA